GACAGCUCUCCCGCCACUAAUUCGACUUUUUUUCUUCCUUCCACAGCCCUCGCACAAUUUAAUUUUCAUCUACAAUCUUGAUCAACAAGAGAGACAAACACCUUGCCUAAACAAGAACGUCGCCCUUUUCGGCUCUAGGCAACUCUUACUUUUCGCAAACACCAAGCUUCUCUCGCACUAUUUUAAAUCUACUAUUUAUUCACCAUGACUCCUCUCACGAGAAAACGCAAGGCCGAACUAGAAGCCGCAGCACAACAAGCUCCAGUACAGACACAACCGGAGACCAAACAGUCCGUCGAAGAACCUUCUUUAAAACGUCAGAAACUAACUGAUCCGUUCAAGAGGACCGAUCCCUUCCGCCCCCAUUCACCCCCUCCUAAGACUGUGAUUCGCCGUCGCAGCCUGGCAACCAAGUUGAAACAGCCGUUGCCAGUAGUAUUCUUUACUAUACCAGCAACCAACCCUUCUAACCAGGUUUCUGCUAAGGGUCGGAGCAGCAACGAUUUGAACACAAUAAUGCUAACUAAGUCUCUGUUCGAGCAUGCGGACAAAUAUGGCGCUGCUUCAUUACCCACUAAGGAGACCCUUGAUGUCUGGUUAGAGGGACAUAAGGAUAUCUUUAUCCAGGCUCGAAAAGAGGGAUAUCACCAGCAAGUCACUUCAGCACAGCCACCACAAGAUUCACCUCGCGCUGCGACUCACCCUGGUGUCCUCCCCGAGACGACAGCCCCCCAACAUAACCUUGCGGCCGAUCAGAAUGCCUCACCACGCCGCGCCGUCCCUACUAACCGAAUAAUUAUCUACAGGGCAAUCUGUACCGCUCGCCACACUGCGGCUCAUAUUUUGACUCAAGUUGCUGCAAUCCUUGAGGGCCCAGCGGUAGAGCCAAGCAUUACGCACGAGGGAGGGCAGCAGAAUCAGCAGCAGCCCACGCCUGCAGAGGCAAUAACAGCCCAUAAGGAAGAAAAGAAGAGAGAAGAGGACAACGUCCAAGAAAAGGAAUUGACCGCAGUCGGAACUAAAACAGAGCCCACCCGGGUGAGACCAGUGGCACCGCCGUUAGACACGCGCUUCUUUCAUCCGAAUGGUCAGCUACAGUCCGUGUAUCGGUAUCUAACGGCGCAAAUCCCACUACCAAGACAAUGGGUGCGAUGGGCUAUUAACAACGGAAUCAACAAAGUGCCAGGGCGCGGAGAUAUCCGCGAGCCUGGGGUGUAUGUUGCGGAGGACACAUUCGACUACGAUGCCUUGUUUGAGGCGGUUCACCGUGGUUGUUUUCGGACUGGCCGAUUAGAGAUCGACGGGUUUAGCGAGUACUGGCCUAUGGUGCGAGGACGUAGGGACAGCACGACAGUAGAUCUAGCACUACAUCACCUCCCGACUCACCUAUCGUCGCUCGAGCGCACGGAGCUUGAUGAGCAAGUACGGAAGUCAAAUACACCAACGCCAGAGCCCAGUUCCGUAUUAGAGACGGGGACGGUACCCACUCUCCAUGCCGGGUAG